CAUCCAUUCGCAGUACAAUCACGAGCAACUUUCUCGGUAACCAAACAGAGUUCUAAUUUCUAAAUCACGAGCAACUUUCUCGGUAACCAAACAGAGUUCUAAUUUCUAAACUCCUAAUUUUCUUUCUCUAUUUCAAUUCGAUUCCAUUUCAAAUCCAGCAUACAAAAAUGUCGCUGAUCCCAAGCUUCUUCAGCAACCAACGAGGCAGCAGCGUCUUCGAUCCCUUCUCUCUUACCGUCUGGGACCCCUUGAGAGACUUUUCAUAUCCCGAUUUAUCUCGGAAAAAUUCGGCAAUCGCGAACGCUUGCAUGGACUGGAAGGAAACUCCGGAAGCGCACGUGAUGAAGGCGGAUCUACCAGGGCUGAUGAAAGAGGAAGUGAAGGUGGAGAUCGAGGACGAUAGGGUUUUGCAGAUUAGCGGAGAGAGGAAGGUUGACAAGGAGGAGAAGAACGAUACGUGGCACCGUGUGGAGCGCAGUAGCGGGAAGUUCCUGAGGCGGUUUAGGCUGCCGGAGAAUGCGAAGAUGGAUGGGGUGAAGGCAUCUAUUACGGUUCCCAAGGACGAAGUGAAGAAGCCUGAUGUUAAGGCCAUUGAAAUCUCUGGUUAAAUUUUUCUUUUUUUGGGGGGUGUAAUGUUUUGUUUGUUCUGUUUAAUAUGUGAAUGUAGUGGUCAUAUAUAUGUUGGGUUGGUUUGCCUAAAUCAAAUCAUAAUAUGUAAUGGUGAAAUAAUAUAAGAUA